UAAUUAGGCGGUUCCCAUAACCCCCCUCGCCUCCUCAUCGCGCUUCCUUUUCCGCUCCCACAAACACCCCCCGCUGCAAUCUCCAAUUCCCAAACCACACCACGCCGCACACGCCACACACAACGGACAGCCCAGCCCACACCUAGAGGACUCGGACGCCAAAACACCCCGGCGCCGGAGCCAGCGAGAGGCCGCUAAGCCGGUGGGCGGUGAGGCCGAUCGGCGCGCCAUUGGAGCCGCGCGCGCCUGGGAGCCCCGCCGCGGCCCCCCGCUGACUCGUUCGUCGGGCCCGAAGUACGCGGUUUGGCCUUCUGCUGCUGCUGCUGCCGCCGGUUCGCCGCGAUGGAGGCCGCCGGCUACCACAACUGCAAGAAGACGGACGGCAUCUGCGAGGGCGUCUGCGACGGAGAGCACGGUUCAAAGGCAGUUCUGAGCAUGUCAAGGCUGAAGUGUGCACUUCGGGGGUUUGAUUUGAGGGCUCUUUUGUUCCUGCUGAUCGGUGUGCCAGUUAUAAUCUUUGUUAUAUAUGUUCAUGGCCAGAAAGUCACUUAUUUCCUCCGGCCAAUCUGGGAGAAGCCACCGAAGCCCUUCAAAGUACUUCCUCACUACUACCAUGAAAAUGUUUCGAUGGCGAACCUCUGCAAGUUGCAUGGAUGGAAGGUCCGGGAGGCUCCACGGCGUGUUUUUGAUGCUGUGCUUUUCAGCAAUGAGCUUGACAUUCUUGAUAUCCGUUGGAAUGAACUUAGCCCAUACGUGUCAGAAUUUGUGUUGCUUGAGUCCAAUUCAACCUUCACUGGCUUGCCAAAGGAUCUCCAUUUCAAGGAAAACCGCAAAAAGUUUGAGUUUGCUGAAUCGCGGUUGACCUAUGGUAUGAUAGGGGGGAGGUUUGUGAAGGGGGAGAAUCCAUUCGUCGAGGAGUCGUAUCAGAGAGUUGCUCUUGACCAACUGCUUAAAAUUGCUGGAAUCACUGAUGAUGACCUUCUGAUCAUGUCUGAUGUUGAUGAGAUCCCAAGCGGUCAUACAAUCAACCUCUUGAGAUGGUGUGAUGAUAUUCCCGAGGUACUUCAUCUGCAGCUCAGGAACUAUCUCUACUCAUUUCAAUUCUUCCUUGAUGAUAAGAGUUGGAGAGCUUCAGUACAUAGAUACAGAGCUGGAAAGACUAGGUAUGCACAUUUCCGUCAAACAGAUGAGCUUCUGGCUGACUCAGGGUGGCACUGCAGCUUUUGCUUUCGCUACAUAAAUGAUUUUAUCUUCAAAAUGAAUGCUUAUAGCCAUGUUGACCGGAUUAGAUUCAAGUACUUCCUGAACCCCGAAAGAAUCCAGCAUGUGAUAUGCCAAGGGGCUGAUCUUUUCGACAUGCUUCCUGAAGAAUACACAUUCCAAGAGAUCAUUGCCAAGCUGGGACCGAUUCCGAGUACAUAUUCUGCGGUUCAUCUCCCUGCUUGGCUGCUUGAGAAAGCCGAGCAGUACAAAUAUCUUCUUCCUGGCAAUUGCAUGAGAGAAAGUGGCUAGCCACUGUGAUUUGGCAUCAGGAUCUGAUGCACACAUGACAGAUGACACGGACAUCCUGGAUGCCCCCUUGGUGAACGCCGUGCCAUAGCGGUUGUAUCUGAUGCAGUUGGCUGACUUAGUUUGAUUGAUCGCUUGGCGGUUGGGUUGGGUUCAUGAUUUUGUACACCGUGUAAUUCAGAACAUUGGAAGGCCUGACAGCAUAGCGCAUGCUCGGUCGCUGCGUGUUUGUUUUUGCAGAGGAGCUUAGCAGUGUGCGUGUUUGGGUGUGUGCUUACCGUCUGAGUUGUUGAUUCAUUACUUCCACGAUGAUUGAUAUAUGAACUCAGGAAACUAUUGUAGAUCACAGACCGAGUGACAUUUCAGAUUUUAGUCAUUACCUCAUCGUGUUUGGGUGUGUGCUUACCGUCUGAGUUGUUGAUUCAUUACUUCCACGAUGAUUGAUAUAUGAACUCAGGAAACUAUUGUAGAUCACAGACCGAGUGACAUUUCAGAUUUUAGUCAUUA